AUGGAUAAAGUACGAAAAGAGAUAGAAAAUGCUAUCGUAGAUGCAACGGGUUUUGAUCGAGAAGCCGUUAGUCGAAGUAUUAUGCGAUCGCGUAAUUUGAAAAAUGGUGAUUUUAUGAUUCCAUUUUCACAACUAACUCGAGAUACAGAGGUAAUUACAAAAGUAGAAAGCUAUUUUACCAGUCAAACUUUCAAAAGCAUUGCGAAAGUAGAAGUUAACGGUCAAAUGAUCUUUGUUUUUGCCGAUACAAAAGAAGUAGCUAAAGAUAUCUUAGGAGAUAUCUUGGAAAGUCAAAAGGAUUCAUAUGGAAGUUCACAAGAAGGUUCAGGCAAAUGUGUAGUGAUUGAUUUCAGUUCACCAAAUAUUGCUAAGGUCUUCCAUGCCGGCCACUUACGAACAACUAUUAUUGGUAACUACAUUCAAAACAUCUACAAAAAGAUGGGAUACAAAACCGUCAGUAUCAACUAUUUAGGGGAUUGGGGCAAACAGUUUGGGUUGUUAGGAGUUGGAUAUAAACGGCACGGCGACGAGGAAAAGAUGCGGCUAGAUCCUAUUAAGCACUUACAUGACGUCUAUGUGCAGACGAACAAGGAUGCAGCCGAAGAUCCAACCGUGCAUGAUAAGGCGCGAGAGUUCUUUAAGCGAAUGGAGGAAGGUGAUCCUGCCGCCCUAUCUUUAUGGCAAAGUUUCCGUGAGUUGAGUAUUGCCAAGUACAAGACGUUAUACGCCAAAAUGAAUGUGCACUUUGAUGUGUACGGUGGAGAGAGUAGUUAUCGACUUAAUGUUUUAGCUGGAAUUCGUAAUCGGUCGUAUGUAGAACAGUGUGAAGAUGGAUCUUGCAUUGCUGAUUUAGGCAAUCUAGGUAAGUUUGUUCUCUUUAAGAACGAUGGAACAGCCUUAUACAUUACUCGUGAUAUCGCAGCUGCUGAGGACCGAAUUGCCACUUACCAGCCAGCACGACUGAUUUACGUAGUUGCUUCACAGCAGGACUUGCACUUUAAGCAGCUGUUUAAGUUACUGGCUAAGGACGGGUACCCGCCUGAGUUAUUCUUACAUAUCAACUACGGAAUGGUACGAGGAAUGUCCACCCGACGAGGACAAGUCGUUUUCUUAGAAGAUAUUAUUGACUGUGCCCAAGAAGCCGUUAAAGAAGUCAUGGCAUCUUCAACUAAACUGGACCAGAUUAAAGACAAAGAGUCUACUUCCUUGACUUUAGCCAUGUCUGCAAUUAUUAUCCAAGACCUUAAGGCUAAACGGGCUAAGGAUUAUGAGUUUGAUAUGAAGAAGAACACUUCGUUUGUUGGGGAUACUGGACCGUAUGUGCAGUACACUGUUUGUCGUCUGAAGAGUAUAGAGAGGAAUGCUAGCUUAGUUCUGCCACCAGUUAGCCAAAUGGACUUUAAGUACUUAGAGGAUCCUCGGAGUUACGAUUUGGUCUUCUUACUGGGUCGGUAUCCUUCUGUGGUUCAGGAGAGUUUUAAGGGUCACGAGCCUUCCGUUCUAGUGACUUACAUCUUCCAGGUGUGCAAGAUGGUCAAUGCAAUUUUCAAGGCAGUUUGGGUAGCCAACCAGCCUAAGGAGUCCGCUGAACCACGACUAGCUAUGUACAUGGCAGCUCGUUUAGUUCUUUGUGACGCCAUGAAACUACUGGGAAUCGUACCAUUAGAAAUGAUGUGA